UUCCCCUCUAACUUCUUAGCUUAGCAAACUAAUUAAUUGUCCCUCUUAUUAGUUUGCUUAUGCAAUAUUCAUCUACAAUGGUAUCCCAUACCAGCCCAAAUCUUCCUCCCGGCUUCAGAUUCCACCCGACCGACGAAGAGCUGAUCGUGUAUUACCUCCACAACCAAGCUACCUCACAACCAUGCCCCGUUUCAAUCAUCCCAGAAGUCGAUAUUUACAAAUUCGACCCAUGGCAAUUGCCGGAAAAGGCGGAGUUUGGAGAAAGUGAAUGGUACUUCUUUACCCCUCGUGACCGGAAGUACCCUAAUGGGGUGCGCCCCAACAGGGCUGCCGUCUCAGGUUACUGGAAGGCAACGGGCGUGGACAAGGCCAUAUAUAGUGGGGCUAAAUAUGUAGGGGUGAAGAAAUCGCUUGUAUUUUACAAGGGUAGGCCACCAAAAGGAGCUAAGACUGACUGGAUCAUGCAUGAAUACCGCUUGAGUGAUUCACAAAAGCAAGUGAAAAGGCCAAAUGGAUCAAUGAGAUUGGAUGAUUGGGUCCUGUGUAGGAUUUACAAGAAAAAACAUGCAUCCGCAGGGAAAGUUUUUUACCAAAAAAUGGAAGAAUUCGAUACCCAAAUCGAUAUAAAAGGGAUUGAUCACCAAGAAAUUAUGACGAAAUUUCCAAGAACAUGUUCAAUUUCGAAUUUCCUGGAUUUGGAAUUCAUGGGGCCAGCGUCACAGCCGCUUUUGAGUGAAAAUACAUACUGCAAUUCAGGCUUUGAUUUUGAUACCAGCGUCAUAGGAACUGACCAAUAUUCGACAAAGUUUGGGAUCAUGAAUCAACAAGUAUCCAUGAACCCCAUGGGAUUUAAUCAGUUUCAAUGACCUUAAUUUGCAAAUAUUGUGCGACUAAAGAUUAGGAAUUAGAUUUGGUUGGCUAGAUCUAUGAAGAUGGACCUAUAUGCGUUCAAUAAUUAAUUGUAAACAUCAAAGAAGAUAAGACAGAAUGGUCCCUGUCCCUGUGAACCAAAUUACUCUUCUGUUAUGUGAGUUUGGUAAUAAGUAAUUAAUGAAGAACUUAUUUGUAU